AUGGCCUCAGCGCUGAGCUAUGUCUCCAAGUUCAAGUCCUUCGUGAUCUUGUUCAUCACCCCUCUACUGCUGCUGCCACUCAUCAUUCUGAUGCCCGCCAAGUUUGUCAGGUGUGCCUAUGUCAUCAUCCUCAUGGCCAUUUACUGGUGCACAGAAGUCAUCCCCCUGGCUGUUACCUCCCUCAUGCCUGCCCUGCUUUUCCCACUCCUCAAGAUUCUGGACUCCAAGGAGGUGUGUGUCCAGUACAUGAAGGACACCAACAUGCUGUUCCUGGGCGGCCUCAUCGUGGCUGUGGCCGUGGAGCGCUGGAACCUGCACAAGAGGAUCGCCCUGCGCACACUCCUUUGGGUGGGGGCCAAGCCUGCACAGCUGAUGCUGGGCUUCAUGGGCGUCACGGCCUUUCUCUCCAUGUGGAUCAGCAACACGGCCACCACGGCCAUGAUGGUGCCCAUUGUGGAGGCCAUGCUGCAGCAGAUGGAGGCCACGAGCGCAGCCACCGAGGCCAGCUUAGGGGCUCUGGAGCUGGCGGACAAGGGCAAAGCUGGCGAGCUGCCAGGGAGCCAAGUGAUUUUCGAAGGCCCAACCAUGGGGCAGCGAGAGGACCGAGACAGGAAGAGCAUGUGCAAGGCCAUGACCCUGUGUGUGUGCUACUCGGCCAGCAUUGGAGGCACUGCCACGCUGACCGGGACGGGACCCAACGUGGUGCUCCUGGGCCAGAUGCAAGAGUUGUUUCCUGACAGCAGAGACAUCGUGAACUUCGCCUCCUGGUUUGGAUUUGCCUUCCCCAACAUGCUGAUAAUGCUGCUGCUUGCCUGGUUGUGGCUCCAGUUUAUUUAUAUGAGAUUCAAUUUUAAAAAGUCCUGGGGCUGCGGGCAGGAGAGGGAGAGCAAUGAGACGGCUGCCUACGAGGUGCUGCAGGAGGAGUACAGGAAGCUGGGGCCCUUCUCCUUCGCCGAGGUCAACGUCCUGCUCUGCUUCCUCCUGCUCGUCGGCCUGUGGUUCUCCCGAGACCCCGGCUUCAUGCCCGGCUGGCUGUCAUUCGCCUGGGUGGAGGGCGACACACAGUACGUCUCUGACGCCACCGUGGCCAUGUUUGUGGCCAUCUUGCUGUUCAUUGUGCCUUCACAGAAGCCCAAGUUCAACUUCUGCAGCCAGACAGAGGAAGAAAGGAAGGCUCCAUUUUAUCCCCCUGCACUGCUGGACUGGAAGGUGACCCAGGAGAAAGUACCCUGGGGCAUUGUGCUGCUCCUGGGGGGCGGAUUUGCUCUGGCUAAAGGAUGUGAGGACUCGGGGCUGUCUGAAUGGAUGGGGAAGCAAAUGGAGCCCUUGCAAGCUGUGCCCCCGGCAGCCAUCACCUUGAUCUUGUCCUUGCUCAUUGCUGUGUGCACUGAGUGCACAAGCAACGUGGCCACCACCACCCUGUUCCUGCCCAUCUUUGCCUCCAUGUCACGUUCCAUUGGCCUCAAUCCGCUGUACGUCAUGCUCCCCUGCACCCUGAGUUCAUCCUUUGCCUUCAUGUUGCCUGUGGCCACCCCGCCUAACGCCAUCGUGUUUGCCUACGGACACCUCAAGGUUUCUGACAUGGUGAAAACAGGACUAAUGAUGAACAUAAUUGGAGUUUUCUGUGUGUUUUUGGCGGUCAACACGUGGGGACGAGUUAUAUUUGACUUGGAUCAUUUCCCUGACUGGGCUAACGUGACACACAUUGAGACUUAG